AUGACAAGUGCAGUUGAAGAUGUUGUUUUGUUUGCAAGUUUGGGUUAUGGAGAGUUGAGAUUGGCAAAGAAAUACGCCACCAGGGACAGAUUGGAAAGGUUGUUUCAGACACAGGGUGGACUGAUUAUGGUCGAUUCCAACGGUGAAGAGGUGUUCCCUAAGGACUCGGAGGCUGGCGAUCAGUACUACGAUAUCGACAGCAACAAGACUUACACAAUCGUUUCUGAGGUCGACUUGCUCUCUGACACCGAAGACGAUCAAGAUGAAAUCGGUGAUGACAACGUCAUCAGUGAGGAAGACUAUUUGGAGGAGGACGACGAAGAUGAUGAAUCCGUAGAGUUGGUCGAUGACGAAACAACAACCAAUCUCGAUAGUCUGUCUAUUGAUGAUAGUGUACAACUUGAACAACAAGUUGAACAACAACAACAACAACAAGUGGAGCAACAGGAACAACAUCAACAUACUACUCAAUGUGGACAUGGACAUGGACAUUCACACGCACACGCUCAUGAUAAUGCACAUGCACAUGCACAGACAGAGGUGAUACCAACAAUUGUUGGUAAUGAAUCACAAGCUGCUGGUGUUGGACAUCACCACAAUCAUGAUGAUGCAUGCUCUGAUUGUUCAUACAAGCAAAGACAAGCAAUGGAUGCACACCAAAAACUGUUGAGAAUGAGAGAAGAAAGAAUUAAUAUGAUUAAAGAACUGUAUCAACCAUUACAUAAAGAGAUUUUUAAAUUUAGUGAAGAUUUCCUAUGCGAUAACCUUGUAAAUGCCAUCAAACAAUAUAAAAUUACAAACAACCCUGACGAUUUGCUGAAGCCAUUGACCAAGCUGACUGAUACAAGAAUUUAUUCACUUCAAAUAUUUAAAACUGAUUUUUGUCAAAAACUACUUGAAGAAAUUGAUCAAUUUAAAAAUAGUGGAUUACCAACUGCCAGACCAAACUCAAUGAACAACUAUGGUGUUAUUCUGGACGAAAUGGGAUUCACUGGAUUUUUUACAGAGUUGAGAGAGAAUUAUUUGAAGCCUUUUACCUCGGUGUUAUAUGCUGACUACAAUGGUGCGCAACUGGAUAGUCAUCACGCAUUCGUUGUUCAAUAUAAGAUCGAUAAGGAGAAGGAGUUGGGAUUCCACUAUGAUGAAUCCGAUGUCACUCUGAAUCUCUGUCUUGGCAAGCAAUUCACUGGUGGUUCUUUGUAUUUCCGCGGUAUCCUGGAUAAACCAGAGACUCACCAAGAAUAUUUUGAAGUUAAACACACUCCAGGAACAGCUCUUUUACAUAUUGGAGUUCACAGACACGGUGCUCUUGGAAUUACCAGUGGUGAAAGAACCAACCUGAUUAUGUGGCUCAGAAAUACCGGUGGAAAAUCCGAUGUCUUGUGA